AUGCUCCAGUGACUUCGUCGGGCAGCGGUGCCAGUUCCCAAAUUUGUGCCUCAGUUCCCCCUGCAACAACGGCGGCACCUGCCACCCCGUGGUGGAGGGCAGCACCCCUGAUUACGUCUGCUCCUGCCCGCUGGGCUACAUCGAUAAGCUGUGCUUGACCAUUGAGGAGAACGCCUGCCUGAGUGGACCCUGUCGCAACGGAGGAAGCUGUGACCUCGUCACCUUGACCGAGUACAAAUGCCGCUGCCCUCCAGGCUGGUCAGGCAAGACGUGUCAGCAGGCCGAUCCUUGUGCCUCCAACCCUUGUGCCAACGGCGGGCAGUGCGUGCCCUUCGAGUCCAGCUACGUGUGCCGGUGUCCUCAGGGCUUCCACGGGGCCACUUGCAAGGAAGAUUUCAACGAGUGCAACCGGACGCCUCCCAUCUGCAAGAACGGGGGCACCUGCGUCAACGAGAUCGGCUCCUACCAGUGCCACUGCCGGCAGGCCUUCACCGGCGACAACUGCGAACACCUCUACGUGCCCUGCAACCCCUCACCUUGCCAGAACGGGGGCACCUGCCAGCAGACCGGAGACGUGGCUUACGAGUGCACCUGCCUUGCAGGUUUCGCGGGCCAGAACUGCGAAGAGAAUCUUGACGACUGUCCUGGAAACAGCUGCAGGAACGGAGGCACCUGUGUGGAUGGGGUGAACACCUACAACUGCCAGUGCCCACCUGAAUGGACAGGCCAGUACUGCACCGAAGAUGUGGAUGAAUGUCAGUUAAUUCCCAACGCUUGCCAGAACGGCGGCACCUGCCACAACACCCAUGGUGACUACAACUGUGUCUGUGUGAAUGGUUGGACCGGGGAGGACUGCAGCGAGAACAUUGACGACUGCGCCAGUGCGGCAUGCUCCCUGGGGGCCACUUGCCACGACCGGGUGGCCUCGUUCUACUGCGAGUGCCCACAUGGACGCACAGGCUUGCUGUGCCACCUGGAAGAUGCCUGCAUCAGCAACCCUUGCAACGAAGGGUCCAACUGCGACACCAACCCCGUCACCGGGAGAGCCAUUUGCACCUGCCCCACGGGGUACAUGGGGCCUGCCUGCAACAAGGACGUGGAUGAAUGCUUGCUGGGUGCCAACCCCUGCGAGCAUGCUGGGAAAUGCCUGAACACGGAGGGCUCCUUCUAUUGCCAAUGCCAGAUGGGCUACUCGGGUCCCCGGUGCGAGAUAGACGUCAAUGAGUGCUCCUCCAACCCCUGCCAGAAUGAUGCCACCUGCUUGGACCAGAUUGGGGUCUUCCAGUGCAUUUGCAUGCCAG